CUACACGUAUGAUACAUCAUUAGAUGGUAAAGCACUUGAUAACUUAACGGUUACCUACCUUCCUUGCACAACUGAUCAACAUUCAGCUGGAAAUACGACAUCGCCAAUACUACUAGAAUCAAGUUGCAAAAAUGAAUCUACUUCACCCAUGUGGAUAUAUGUAAUGUUGGGAAACAUGCUACGUGGGAUUGGAGAAAGUCCACUUGGACCUUUGGGAAUCGCAUAUAUUGAUAACUUUGCUAAAGAAGGCCAUUCUCCUUUUUACAUAGGUCUUUUGCAAUCGUUGUCAUUGGUUGGCUCAAUACUAGGCUUUCUGCUAGCAGCAUUAUGUGCAAGAAUAUAUGUGGACGUUGGAUAUGUAGACCUAAGCCUUAUAACAAUAAAUCCGAGUGAUUCCCGUUGGGUUGGUGCUUGGUGGCUUGGCUUUAUCAUAGCAGGGAUCAUUAGCAUUCUUUCUGGAGUACCAUUCUUUUUCAUGCCUAAGAGCCUGAAGAAAUCAAAAAUGGAAAGUAAAGUUCCAGCGUCUUUGGAUAACUCUAAUAUCAACGACAGAAACACCCAAAAGCUGAAUUUUAAAAAUCCUGACCAAAAGAAGGAUCCUCAAGAAUCAUCAGGUUAUUUCCACUCCUUGAAAUGUCUUCUUAGUAACUGCAUGUACCUCAUCUACUUGGUUUUAUCUUUGUUGACAUUUAAUGCCUUAGUUGGGAAUCUGACGUAUCUACCAAAAUAUUUAGAACAGGGAUACGGCGAGUCAAUUUCUAAAUCCACCUUAAUAUUUGGAAUAAUCAUGUUUCCUGUUACUUGUAUUUCAUUUUUCCUGGGAGGAUUUAUUGCUAGAAAAUUCAAAUUGGACAUAUUUGGAGUUACUAAAUUAACCUUCAUUUCUCAGCUUUGUGGCUAUUGUAUACAACUGCUGAUUUUGACAUUAGACUGUGGGAACAGACCAGUAGCUGGGUUAACAGUAGCCUACAAUGGAAAUGGCCCAGUGACAGACCUCCAAAAUAUGCCAUUUUCUUUCUGCAACUCAGACUGUAAUUGUGAUGCCAAUGUAUGGGAUCCUGUCUGUGGAGAUGAUGGACUCUCUUACAUUUCACCCUGUUUAGCUGGAUGUGAAUAUUCAGUAGGCCAUGGAAAGGAUGUGGUGUUUCAUAACUGUAGCUGUAUUGAAGUUAACAGUUUCCAAUCCAGAAAUGCCUCAGCUCAUUUGGGUGAAUGUUCAAGGAUCGAUGAUUGUUCAAGAAAGUAUAUCUAUUAUGUGGUAAUACAAUCUUUGGCUUACUUUUUUUAUGGACUAGGAUUUACCCCUGGAACAAUGCUGGUUUUUAAGAAUGUUGCUCCUCACCUGAAAUCACUUGCAAUUGGUUUUUUUUCACUGUGUUUGAGAUUAUUAGGAGGAAUGUUGGCCCCUAUUUAUUUUGGAGCAGUGAUAGAUUCAACAUGUCUAAAAUGGGCCACUAAUAUUUGUGGAGAGCAAGGAGCUUGUAGAAUAUAUGACCCCAUAUCACUUAGAAGCAAAUUCUUUGGCUUGAUUUUAGGAAUAAGAGCACCAGCAUACAUCUUAUAUAUCAUUUUAUACAUUAUUAUGAAGAAACACUACAAGGAAAACAGUACUGUGCCUUCUAAAGGUGAAGAAAGAAAUGGAGAUGAACCAAAUCUUAAAGAACCUUUAAACAAUAUUGAACAGCUGGAACUUUCUGCUAAUGUAGAUAAUGAAACACAUGUUUAAAAAAGCCUAUAUGUUACCUGUUCACUAACUUUGUCUCCUUCUUUAGUGAGAUCCAGAAGGAUCGGAAACCUGAAUAUAAGGUCUAAUCAGGUCUCUGAAUUAGUUACCAACCUCCUAUUGAGCUCAGCAGUAUUGAUUUCUGUUCCUUUUCUCUGAGAAUUCUGAUGUUGUUGUCUCGUAGAGAAUUAAUUAAAAAUAUGAAACUGAUAAUUGCAUGAAAUCUAAAUGAAAUGGAUGUGUUGGAAUAUAUCUUUCUGCACUGUAGUUCUUUGAUUAUAAGGAAAAAUACAUUGUGCACAUAUCAUGGAUCAAUAAAAGUAAUUUUUGAGAUUAACAAA